UCAAAACAACAUGGCCGCCUCCUUCUGUGGGCAUUUCUGAGCCUCGCUAGCUUAGUUCCCCGCACGUCAUAGUCUAAAUUAGACCGUUCACUCGAUAUUACUUUAUUACUAAAGUACUAAGUGUCCGAGCGAUGAUAAUCUUCUUUAUAACCUUGUUAACACAUGCUCUGUCCUUCGUGUCCGCUGCUGAAAUGCCAGGGUAUUUGGACAAUGCCUGGCUUUACACUGAAGCAUUCCUUGCGGCUGUGUGGCGCGACAGGUUAUACGUGUACACUGCAGCUGCGCUCCUUAUCGGGUUAUGGUUAACGGUGAACAUGACCAUGAAAAAGAAGAAGUUGGCGAACCUGGUAAAAUCCCCUAAAAAUUCCAAAUCUGAGAAGCAGAAGGAGCAAAUACCUGAAAAAGAGAAGGUUGCCAAUGUUGCAGGUGUGAGGAUAUUCUAUGGGUCACAGACUGGAACUGCGAAGGGUUUUGCCAGAGAGCUCGCAGAAGAUGCCCAGGUGCUCGGGUUCGAGUCUGAUGUCAUUGACUUGAAGGAUUAUGACCCGGAGGACAAACUGUCAGAUGAGUGCACCAGUAAAAGGAUUUGUGUGUUCCUCAUGGCCACGUACACAGACGGCAAGCCCACCGAGAGCGCUGAAUGGUUCUGUAAAUGGCUGGAGGAGGCUUCCACUGACUUUCGCUACGGCAAAACCUACCUGAAAGGAAUGAGAUACGCCGUCUUCGGCCUGGGGAACUCCGUGUAUGUCGGCCAUUACAACACGGUCGGCAAAAACGUGGACAAGUGGCUGUGGAUGCUGAGUGCAGCACGCGUCAUGAGCCGCACCGAAGGCGACUGCGACGUGGUGAAAAGCCGAAACGGCAGCAUCCAGGCCGACUUCCAGGCGUGGAAAGAGGAUUUCCUGAGGCGCCUUCAGGCCCUGGCCAAAGGUGAGAAGAAGGCGUGCAGCUGCGAGUGCAAAAAAGGCUCGUGCAAGAGUAAGAAGAAGCACCACGAGGAAGCGGAGGACGAGAAGCACAGCUCUGAGGAGCUGUUUGAGUCCAGCAGUGAUCCAGAGUCUGGAGGUGAAGAGGAGAAAGCUCACGGCUCUGUCAUCGACCUGGAGGAUCUUGGGAACGUCAUGAACCACAUGAAGAAAGCCAAGAAAGUGGAAGAGGACUCGUCUCAGCUGGGAAGGCUGUCCAAAUUGAACGGAUUGAAGAAGGCUGAGCCUGAGGAGACGAGGGAGAUGAUCACUCCAGCACUGAGAGAAGCGCUCACUAAGCAAGGAUAUAAACUAAUAGGCAGUCACUCCGGGGUAAAGCUGUGUCGUUGGACCAAGUCCAUGCUGAGAGGGAGAGGAGGAUGCUACAAACACACGUUUUACGGCAUUGAAUCUCACCGGUGUAUGGAGACCACUCCCAGUCUGGCCUGUGCCAACAAGUGUGUGUUUUGCUGGAGACACCACACGAACCCCGUAGGCACUGAGUGGCGUUGGAAGAUGGACCCCGCUGAGAAGAUCCUCCAGGAAGCACUGGAGAACCACCGUAACAUGAUCCGCCAGUUCCGAGGUGUCCCAGGAGUUCGGCCGGAGCGUUUUGAGGAGGGUUUGGCGGUGAAGCACUGUGCUCUGUCUCUAGUGGGCGAGCCCAUCAUGUACCCAGAGAUCAACUCCUUCCUGCGUCUCCUCCACCAGUGCCACAUCUCCAGCUUCCUGGUCACCAAUGCCCAGUUCCCUGAAGAGAUCAGGAGCCUGGUGCCAGUAACCCAGCUGUAUGUGAGUGUAGACGCCAGCACCAAGGACAGUCUGAAGCGGAUAGACCGUCCACUAUUCAAAGACUUCUGGCAGCGCUUCCUGGACAGUCUCAAAGCCCUCGGAGAGAAGCAACAGCGCACAGUAUACCGCCUGACCCUGGUGAAGGCCUGGAACGUAGACGAACUGAAAGCCUACGCUGAACUCAUUGCCCUGGGACAGCCGGACUUCAUCGAGGUCAAGGGAGUAACCUACUGUGGCGAGAGCUCAGCCAGCAAUCUGACCAUGGCCAACGUGCCCUGGCAUGAGGAGGUCGUCCACUUUGUGCAGCAGCUCGCCAGCCUCCUGCCCGACUACGACAUCGCCUGCGAACACGAGCACUCGAACUGCCUGUUACUAGCCCAUCAUAAGUUUAAAGCGGAUGGUGAGUGGCGGACGUGGAUCGACUACGAGCGCUUCCAUGAGCUCAUUCAGAAGUACAAUGAGAGCAACGGUGCCAAGACCUUCACCGCUCUGGACUACAUGGCCAAGACACCCAGCUGGGCCGUGUUCGGGGCUCGAGAGAGAGGCUUUGACCCCUCAGACACGCGCUUCCUAAGGAAAAACAAGACCAAAGACAUCUCUGGGUGCUGAUGUCAAACACGGGCAGCUGAAUCUCCAUCUGAAUAAGAGAAAUACGUUUUAUAAAGACUUUAUUAAAAGGUCUAGGGUUUCGAAGGUGUGUAUGAAUCAUCAUUUUUUUUUUUUUUUUAAUCUUAGGUCAUUUGUUUUCCAACACAAGAUCAGUAAGUCUCCCAAGUCACAUGUUCACCCUCACUUGUGGUUUUUAAAAAAAAAAAUUUUAUAGCAAUUUCUAGAUUCUUAUUCUUAUGCAUGUUUUUGAGAUAUCACACGUACUGAGGAGUGGAUGUGCUCUGCAUUAACACUGCAGUCUCUCCAUGUCUCUUUUCCUACCUUUCCCCUUACAUGGCCGUGUCCGGUUUCUUCUUGUCCUCAGUUUUCACCCACAGAGAGUCAGCGAGAGGCCUACAGCUUCCUUCACUAACCUCUGAGGCAAAAAUAUUCCUAUAUUCUAUCCAUUUAAUGACAAUGUCACCUCACACACCGGCUAGUUCUUCUGUGUAAAAUUAGCAUAAGGCCAACUGUGUCAUAAGCUUUAUUUCCCAGAGUUCUUUAGAGAAGCUAAUAUUGCUGUGACAUUGGCACUACAGUCUGUGUGCUCCUUUGUGCUUUCCUUCUCUGAAUGUAGGUUUUCUUUUUUGUGAAUUCUCAUUAUCUUUUCUUCAAAAAUCUUUCAUCAUUGAGGUUGAGGUUUUUAAUUUUUAUUUAACUUGCUUUAUGGUAACGUCUGGAUUCCACAUGUCUCUGUAUUUUUAGACUGCUCAAAAGGUGUCUCGAAUGGUGACCGUUUUAACUGUUUGUAUCAGAAGGUGUAGUGCCUUAUUGAAUUCUGAAUAAUAAUAAAAAAAUAUGAUAGUUAUUAAA